CAGCGCUUCACGUUGAGCGAGAUUGUUAGUCAGCUGGAGGUUUAAGGAGAAAAGCAUUUACUUGCUGUUUUUGUCGGUCCUUAAACAAAACAGUUGCAGUGUUUACAAUAUGUUUGCCCAGCCAGUUGAAAUGAUCUGGUAUGUAACUGUUUGGAAAACAGGAAUGUAAUGUUUUUGUCCGAUAGUAUUUUGAGCGAGAGGUGACGGCUUUUGUCACUUCAUCCAUCAUCUCAUCACCCUGGGUCUUUCUGUCUGUUCUCCGGGAGACUGUUACCAAUUCCUAGAUAAGCGCGGGUCGUUUCCUGCCUGGAUUGUUGCAGGCGGAGCUCAGUGCCUGUUGCCACGGGGUGGCCCGAUGCUAGGAGCGGGGAAGACAUAGCGGCGCCGCUCGAGUAGGAGAUGUCAGAGCGGGGAUGCCUCUUUUUGGAGACAGUCCUGUAGUCGAUGGGAUACCGGAGUGCACACCGUAUACCUGCCGCAGGGACCUGCAGAGUUGCAGCCUAACAAGCAGUGACACAUAUAUGGAUGGUGGGGUCGCAGCAUGCCCACCCCCUCAACUACCACUAUGCCGCUGGCUGGAGGGAGUAGCAGCAGCAGCAGCAGCAUCAGAGAAGAGGAGCCCAUGUCUGCCAGUCCCGACUCCAUCGGCGGCUCCUCUUUCCGGGUCGUCCCGGCUUUCUUUCUGGGCGUGGUGGCGGCAGUUGCGUUUCAGCUGGCCUGGGGAGGUCUGACUCUCACCUCUUUCCUACUGAAGCUUUUCAUCUAUGUCUCAUUCGCCUUACUGUGCUUCCUGGCCGGGAGCUUCGUUCUGCUGGUCAGGAAGAGCCCCCUCAAAGUCAGCUGCUUUGACCGAAACAGAAGACAGUCAGCUGCUCGUCUGGAGUUCUUCAACAGGCUGAUGAGUCGAUUUUCGGUGCCUGCGCAGGAGUCGAGCCAGAGCAGAAGAGUGGUGGUGUCCCACAAUGUGGACAAAGCCCUGAAGGAAGUGUUCGACUAUGCCUUCAGAGACUACAUCCUGUCCUGGUACAUCCCCCUGAGUCGUGAUGAGGGCCAGCUGUACUCCAUGCUGCUGGAGGACUGGUGGCAGAUGAUUGGCCAGUUGAGAUCCAGACUCGCUGACAUAGAUGUUGUCAAUGUAGUGUGCUACGACAGUGUCCGUAUCCUUCAUUCCCACUUCACUGACCUCAAGGCUGCAUCUGGAAGACCUGAGGAAGUUGUUCGUCCGUUUCCUCUCCAUCCCUGUUUGGUCAGCCCCGACUCAGAGAUGGCCUUCCUCCGAUGUGUAGCUAGAAUCCUGCUGCUAUGCCUGCUGCCACAGAAGGAUGCCAAGUCUCACACGCUACGCUGCUGCCUCACAGAAGUUAUAACGACCAAAGUGUUGAAGCCUCUGGUGGAGGUGCUCAGUGAUCCGGACUCGAUAAACAGGAUGCUGCUGUCUCAGCUGGAGCAGAGGGAGCAGCAGGCUGAGCAGCAGAAAAAAGCCUACACCUACGCUGCCUCGUAUGAAGACUUCAUCAAAUUGAUAUCAACUUCUGCUGAUGUCAAUUUCCUCAAACAACUCAGGUAUCAGAUAGUGGUAGAAAUUAUCCACGCUACCACCAUCAGCAGCUUGCCUCAGCUCAAGAAGCAAAAAGAGCGCAAAGGUAGAGAGUCUGCGGCCAUGAAGGCAGACCUGCUGAGGGCCAGGGACAUGAAACGAUACAUCAAUCAGCUGACUGUUGCCAAGAAACAAUGCGAGAAACGCAUCCGCCUGCUGGGUGGACCAAACUACGAGAACAGUGAGGAAGGAGGAGCUGAUGAAGGCGACGACCCUCAGAGUCAGAAGAUCCUCCAGUUUGACGACAUUUUGUGUAACCCAGGUUACAGAGAGCAUUUUCGAGUUUACAUGGAAAGAGUCGAUAAGAGAGCUCUGAUAAGCUUCUGGGAACUGGUGGAAAUGCUGAAAACUGCCAAUAAGAAUGAAGUGCCCCAAAUCGUGGGGGAAAUCUACCAGAAGUUCUUUGUGGAGAGCAAAGAGAUCCAAGUGGAAAAGUUUCUUCUCAAGGAGAUCCAACAGAGUCUGGUGGGGAACAGAGGAACUGAGGUCUUUGUCAGACUGCAGGAGCAGGUGGCCGAGACAAUGAGGGAGCGUUACUACCCUUCCUUCCUGGUUUCUGACCUCUAUGACAGGCUGAUCAGACGAGAUGAGCCCCACAGCCAGUCACAGUGCAGCCCAGAAGAAAAAGGCGAAGGGUGCCAGGGUCUAGAUGCAGGAGAGAAGGGGUGCGAUGAGGGCACUAAAGGAAUCAACGAGCAAGCCAGCUACGCUGCUACCAAACUACGGCAGCUGUAUGACAAACUGGAGUACAAGCGACAGGCUCUGGGCUCCAUCCAGAACGCACCAAAACCCGACAAAAAGAUAGUAAGCAAACUAAAAGAAGAGAUUGGAGCCAUGGAAAAGGAGCAUAGUGAACUCCAGCAGCACAUAACCAGGACUGACUGGUGGUGUGAAAACCUAGGUCACUGGAGGGCUAAUAUCACCACUGCUGAGGCCGCAGAAGAAGCGGGCGAGACUGUAGCUUGUUACAGCGUGUGUGUUAGUCUGAUGGAAGGAGAGGAAACCGCCAACAGCCGCUGGAGCGUCCAGAGGAAGCUCACUGAAUUCCAGAUGUUACACCGCAAGCUCACUGAGUGUUUUCCAUGUUUGAAGAAAGUCCAGCUACCAUCACUUAGUAAACUUCCCUUCAAAUCCAUUGACCAGAAGUUCUUAGAAAAGAGUAAAGCACAGCUCAAUGCCUUUCUCCAGCGGCUGCUGACAGAUGAACGACUGUGCCAGUCAGAGGUGCUCUACGCCUUUCUGAGCCCAUCUCCAGAACACCUCAAAGUGAUGUCUAUUCAGAAGAAGUCCUCUUUCUCAUUGGCCUCCUUUCUGGAGAGGUUACCUGGAGAUUUCUUCUCCCAUACUGAGGAAGACGGGGAUGAUGACAGCGACCUGUCGGACUACGGCGAUGAAACAGACGGACGCAGAAACGCUCUGGCUGAACCCUGCUUCAUGCUCAUUGGGGAAAUCUUUGAACUUCGAGGAAUGUUUAAGUGGGUGAGAAAGACUCUAAUUGCACUAGUCCAGGUUACAUUUGGACGAACUAUCAACAAACAGAUCCGGGACACUGUAAACUGGAUCUUCUGUGAGCAGAUGCUGGUGUGUUACAUCAGUGUGUUCAGGGACACCUUCUGGCCUAAUGGGAUGUUGGCACCUCAUGGCAAGGUCCGAACUGAUUCUGAACGCAGUGAAACCAAGGAGCGGGCUCAACAGAAACUCCUGGACAAUAUUCCAGAUGCACUUGCAAAUCUUGUUGGCCAGCAGAAUGCUCGCUUUGGAAUCAUCAAGAUCUUCAAUGCUCUGCAGGAGGAAAAUGCCAACAAACAUCUCAUCUAUGUGUUGAUGGAAAUGUUGCUGAAGGAGCUGUGUCCUGAACUGAGGGCAUCCGUGGACAACAUCUGAACACAGAACACUCUGAAUCACAACCUAGAACAGGGGCACCACUGGCAUCUGUUUCUCACCCUUCUGCAGCUGGCCAAUCACAGGUCUGAGCUGGGUCCAAGGCUGUGAAAUGGCAGCAAGCUGAGCUCACAGCAGCCUGAAAGGGGGCUGGCACUUCAUUUUGUUGACGGAGGACACUAAUCGUAUGUGAAAUAGAGAACCCACGUUCACUGAAGAACAAGUUUUAAUUUCUGAGAUUAUGUAAAACACUUUUUUUUAUGUUUGUUUGAUUGUUUUCUGGGGACACAGACAUUCCAAAUCAAAACUGAAACAACAUGAAAACAAAUCUCUUGUUCUGGUGUAAAUCUCUGAAGAGAAACCUAAUGUUUGGACAUUGGAGAAGAUGAUCCUCAGAAUGGGAUUUAUAAAGCCAUGGAGCGUAAGGACGACGGGAUACGGACUUUCGUUGCCCUGGAAAAGAAACCGGUUUUUCAGUCUUUACCCACAGACCUCAGAACAUUCCCACACACAGCCUGAGCAACAACACUUGUGUUCUGUGAUUCUUGUUGAGACGUCUAAUUGUGCAAUAUAAUUUCAUGUGAGCGUCAUUGUGAUGAUUUUAUUUAUGAUUAUUAUUAUUAUUAUUGAUAGAUUUUAUUUUUACCAAAACAAUUGUUUAGAGAGCAUUUAUAUGAGCAAUAAAUCACAAACGAAAGUUAA